AAUGUUAAACUGCAACCUAUUAUAUUUUGGUAAACGCGCCAACGACCCAAUUUUUUCACCAAAACCCCAAGCUGCCUGCUUUUUCUCUCUCUAACUCAAUUUCUAUCUUAGCUCAUUUUCUCUCUCUAACUCAUGAACAAGAUGCUAACCCUCUCAUCUAUCUCUCAACCUAAUUUCGAAUUUCUCUGUUCUUUUCUCUCAUAAAUUUCACUCAUCCUUAAAAUUCUUAAUUUUUCUCACAAUCCCCCACUGUAACUAGCUUUAAUUUUAAAAUUAGGGUUACAAACAUCUCAUUCACGAGCGUCUAGGUAGUAUCAACAAAUUUCUCAACAAAUAGAUCUGAUGGAAGCUAGCUGAAUUGUGUGUAGAAGCUGUACAAUUAUCGGGUUAGUGAAUUUCUCAUCAAGUGCUAGUUGGUCUGCUAUUUUUUUUUUUUUAUAAAAGCAUUUGCAUAAGACGACGAAGGACAAGGUUGCAUCACUAAUUUUGAAUCCCUCUAUAUAAGAUUGUACGGUCGGUAUGUCAACUUCUCUGUACAAAUGACACUCUUGUUCUAUAUAUAUUAUGUGAGCUAUUAUCUGGUUUUUAAUCUUUAUUUUAUGACCUAUUUUAAUAUUAGUAUUAAUGUGAUUAUGUGCACUUAAGGAUAGUGUCUACACAUAAUCUAGGAAACCUCACUAGUUAUUGAUUCGGUGAACAUGUGUUGUUGGAAAUAUGCUAGUUAAUUUCAAGAUAUUUUAUAUACCUUAAAUGUGAUACAUUUGUUUGUUUUAUAUAAAUGAUGUUGUUUUGUGUGUUAUAAGAUCCUAUUAUUCACUAGUUUCUCAAGUCAGUUAUUAUGUAUCUUUUUUGGAUGAUUUCAAUUAAAGUGGAACAUGUACAAUAUCUUUGGAAAAUAAGAUGAUAUUGUUAGUGUCAUAUUGGACUGAUAAUGACAGUGCAUACUUACUCUUAAAUGUCAUAGUUUUUGGUAAAAUUUGUCUUCAACUUUUUUUCUUUUUUUUUUUUUUUUUUUUUUUUUUUUUUUUUUUUUUGUGGGUGUCUAGUUACCAUUGAUUUUACACAAGAAAAUUAAUCAUGGAUCAAAAUUGGAUGAACUACCCCAGACAAUCAGAUGAGUAUAAAAGAGGGCUAAAUGCAUUUCUUAAUCAUUCGUUUGCCUACAAUGCCGUUGGGGAACAAAUUUGUUGUCCUUGCAAAAAUUGUAAGAGGCGAUUUUUCCAUUAUAGACAUAAUUUAUAUGAUCAUUUGGUAGUUGAUGGGUUUGUGAAGGGAUACAAGAAGUGGGUUCUUCAAAAAGAACAAUAUUCAUCAACUUGUAAUGACCCAAAACCUGGUGGUCAGAACACUUAUGAUGAUAUUCAUAGUUUACUAAAUGAUACAUUUAGAGAUGUUGCUGAAGAGCCAAAUUCAUGCCAAGGGAUUGAAGAUGAACCGAAUGAGGAAGCUAAAAAGUUUUACAAGUUGGUUGAAGAAGGGAAACAAGAGUUAUAUCCCGGUUGUAAAACUUUCACUAAGCUGUCUUUUCUUAUUCGUUUAUACCUCUUCAAAUGUCUUAAUGGAUUAAGUAAUGUAGCAAUUAGUGAUCUCUUGGAGCUUUUAAAUGAAGCAUCUCCCAUGGCUAAUAUUCCUAAAUCCUCCUAUGAAUCAAAGAAAAUUAUUAAGGAUUUAGGUCUUGAUUAUAAGAAGUUACAUGCUUGUCCGAAUGACUGUAUUCUCUAUAGGAAGGAAUACGAAUCAGCUCAAGAGUGUCCUAAGUGUCAUUUAUCUAGGUGGAAAUCUGAUAAGGUUCCUACAAAGGUUUUUAAGGCAUUUUCCUUUGAAGCCUAGACUUCAAAGAUUAUAUAUGUGCUCAAAAACCGCGGAAUCAAUGAUUUGGCAUCAUAAAGGACGUCCAAAUGAAAUAAAAUAAGGCAUCCAGCAGAUGGACAAUCUUGGAAGCAAUUUGAUUCAUUGUACCCUAAUUUUAAACAAGAACCACGCAACGUUCGAUUAGCACUUGCCAGUGAUGGGUUCAACCCUUUUCGAACGAUGAGUCUUUCUCACAGCACAUGGCCAGUUGUAUUGAUCAACUAUAAUCUCCCUCCUUGGUUGUCAAUGAAACCCGAAUAUUUUAUGCUGUCUUUGUUGAUUCCAGGCCCUAAGUCACCAGGAAAUGACAUAGACAUCUAUAUGCAACCACUGAUUGACGAAUUGAAGGAAUUGUGGGAAAGUGGAGCAGAGACAUAUGAUGCAUUUCAUAAGCAAACAAUUAGGAUGCAUGCAGCUUUAAUGGGGACAAUAAAUGAUUUCCCAGCCUAUUCUAUGUUGUCGGGGUGGCACACUAAAGGCCAUUACGCGUGUCCUUGUUGUAAUCAUGAUGUGACACCUUUGUAUUUGAAACAUAGCAAAAAAAAUUACUACACAAAUACUCAUAGGUUUCUAGAUAUAAAUCAUCCUUGGCGACAAGAUGCAAAAUCAUUUGAUGGCAAAAUAGAGGAUAGAUGUGCUCCUCAACCUUUAUCAGGUAAAGAGGUGUUACAAGAAUUGGAACACUUUGUAAAUGAUUUUGGGAAAACAAAGAAACCUGGAGGGGGUGAUGGUCACUGGAAAAAGAGGUCUAAAUUGUUCGAGUUGCCAUAUUGGGCAGAUUUUGCGUGCCGUCAUAAUCUUGAUGUCAUGCAUACUGAAAAGAAUGUCUUUGAUAAUGUGAUUGGUAUAUUGUUAGACAUUCCAGGUAAGACAAAGGAUCAUCAUAAGGCAAGACUAGAUUUGAUGGAAAUGGGAAUUAAACCUCAUCUUCAUCCAUAUUUAUCAGAUGAUGGUCAACAACUUUUGAUACCUCCUGCAUCUUUUACAAUGGGAAAUGCAGAAAAAAGAUCUUUUUCUUAAAGUCAUCAAAGAAGCUAAACUUCCUUAUGGGUAUGCAUCAGAUUUAGGAAGAUGUGUUCAAGGUAGAGAAAGAAAACUGGUAAUCCACUGGUUUUUCCAACUGAGGUUAUGGAGACCAAUAAAGCUGGUGUGCAAAAGGAUAUGCUUGCUGAAAAAGAAGAACUAGAUAAGGAAAAGGAAACACAUGCUGCCAAAGUAGCUGAAUUCACUGAGAUGCAAAAAAAUUAUGAAGCUCAAAAGGAGAGUCUGGCACAUGAAGUGGUAUCCUUAGUACUUGCUCAACUUAGUGGAGAAAAGGACCUUAAUAUUACUCCAGAGUUAAUCACCAAGGCUGUUGUAUCUACUAUUGAUGAUGGUGCAGAAACUUAGGCAUUAGCCACUGUUGAAUCAGGAUAUUUAUAUAUGGAGCAUUGGAGCAUACAACUUUUUGUAAAUUGAAGUAUCAAGCCCGUUAGUAUUAGGCGACAUUUUGAAAUUAGAUUUGAUUCAUAUUUUGGUAUAUAUGCAAGUUUUUGGACAUGUCAGAAGCCUUGGUAGGAUAUAUGUAUGCAAGUUUUUGUACAUGUAAUUAAGAAGGCUUAGUAGGAUAUAUAUGUAUGCAAGUUUUUGGACAUGUAAGAAGCCUUGGUAGUAUAUGACUAUAUGGUUUAAUGUAAUUGAUUGAUAUAUAUUACCCA